AUGAGUGAAUCAAAUGAAAAUGCUGCUGCAUCAUCAAAUAUUUGUCAGCCACGACAAUGUAUGGCACAAAACUACCUUCUCGUAUGGGUAGAUGGCAGCAUUGAUGAGACAAACAAGGACUGCCAAGAUACACUGGCUCAAUUGAAGAAUGUGAUCAACAACGUCAAAGUAUGCACGCAACCGGAUCAAUGCAUCCAAGUACUCAACCAAUUUGAUCGUGAAAGAGCCUUUGUUAUAACAUCAGGCUCAUUUGGCCAACAUUUAGUUCCUGAAAUCCAUGGCAUGCCCAAAUUAGAUGCUAUUUACAUCUUCUGUGGCGACAAAUCGAGACACCAAGGAUGGACACAAAACUGGACAAAAAUCAAAGGUGUCAGUACAAACGUCAAAGAAAUUUGCCAAGCAUUGCAAUUUGCUGUUAAGCAACGCGACCAGAACUCAAUUGCUAUAAGCUUUCUCCGAGUAAAUGAGAUGGCUUCAACUGAAAAUUUAAAUCAGUUGGAGCCAACUUUUAUGUAUACCCAAAUUUUGAAGGAUAAUCUUCUUGAUAUGCAACAUGGCGAACAGGCCGUCAAACAAUUUACUGCUUAUUGUCGAAAUAAUUAUUGCAUGUCGUUAACCAAUAUUAAUCGUUUUGAAAAAGAAUACCGUGCUGAAUUAGCUAUUUGGUGCAUCGAGCAAGACAAAGCUCUCGGACUUGCUUAUAGCGCGUCAGAAAACGUGGAUUUGAUUGGAAUUUUAUUUAUAAUGUCUAUUGAUCCUUGUAUAAAAUCAGCACCAUUUGCCUCCAUAAAAGAGAAGAGUUAUUUUGAGGAAGAAGAUGAAAUUCUCUUCUCAAUGCACACCGUCUUUCGCGUGGGUGCAAUUAAAGAAAUCGACAAUGAAAAUCAACUUUAUCAAGUUGAAUUUCAAUUAACUUCGAAUGAUGAUCCACAACUACGAUUACUUACUGAUCGAAUACGAGAAGAAGCUGUUGGUAAAACUGGAUGGGUAAGAUUGGCUAAUUUAUUGAUUAAAAUUGGUCAACCUAAUAAAGCCGAAGAACUUUAUAAUGCAUUAUUCGAACAGACAUCUAAUGAGGGUCAAAAAGCGGCUUAUUGCAAUCAGUUGGGGUAUCUCAAAGAUGAUCAGGGUGAUUAUGAAAAGGCUAUUUCGUACUACGAAAAAGAACUUGAACUUCAACAGAAAAAUCUUCCUCCAAAUCAUUUUUUGUUAGCCACUUCAUAUAACAACAUCGCUAGUAUGUAUCACAAGAUGGGAAACUAUUCGAAAGCACUUUCAUUUUUUAAAAACGAUCUUGAAAUUCAACAAAAAACUCUUCCAUUGAACCAUCCUCGUUUAGCUACUUCAUACAACAACAUCGGUAGUAUGUAUUACAAGAUGGGAGAGUAUUCGGCAGCACUCUCAUUUUACGAAAGAGCACUUGAAAUUCGACAGAAAACUCUUCCUGAAAAUCAUCCUGAUUUAGCGACUUCAUACAACAACAUCGGCAUGGUGUAUCACAAGAUCGAAGAGUACUCAAAAGCACUUUCAUUUCAUGAAAAAGCACUUGAAAUUAAACAACAAUCUCUACCUUCAAGUCAUCCUGAUUUUGCGACUUCAUACAACAACAUUGGUUUGGUGUAUAACAAGAUGGGAGAGUACUCGAAAGCGCUCUCGUUUCACGAGAAAGCACUUGAAAUUUAUCAAAAAACUCUUCCUUCAAAUCAUCCGGAUUUGGCUAAUUCAUACGCUAACAUCGGUAGUGUGUAUAACAGCACAGCAGAGUUUUCUAAAGCACUUACGUUUUUUGGAAAAGAGCUUGAAAUUCGACAAAAAUCUCUUUCUCCAAAUCAUUCUGAUUUAGCGACUUCAUACAACAACAUUGGUUUGGUGUAUCACAAGAUGGACGAGUACUCAAAAGCACCUCCAUUUCACGAAAAAGCACUUGAAAUUUGUCAAAAAAGUCUUCCUUUAAGUCAUCCUGAUUUAGUGACUUCAUACGACAACAUCGGUAUAGUGCAUCACAGGAUGGGAGAGUUUUCUAAAGCACUUUCAUUUUACGAAAAAGCACUUGAAAUUCGACAGAAAACUCUCCGUUUAAACCAUUCUGAUUUUGCGACUUCGUACAAUAACAUCGGUAGUCUGUAUGAGAGCACAGGAGAGUACUCGAAAGCACUUUCAUCUCACGAAAAAGCACUUGAAAUUUGUCAAAAAGCUGUUCCUUCGAAUCAUCUUCAUUUGGCACAGUCAUACAACAACAUCGGCAGUGUGUAUGACAGAAUGGGAGAAUACUCGAAAGCACUUCCUUCUCACGA